AUGGCUGGCAAGAAAGCUGUUCACUUCGGUUCCGGCAACAUUGGCCGAGGCUUCGUUGCCUGCUUCCUCCAUGAGUCCGGCUACGACGUCGUCUUUGCCGAUGUUGCUGACGAGCUGGUCAACAGCCUGAACGCCACACCCUCCUACACAGUCACCGAGGUGGGAGUUGAAGGCAAGGACGAGAAGACCAUCAAGAACUAUCGUGCCAUCAACUCCAAGUACAACUUGGACGAGCUCGUUGACGAGAUCGCCUCUGCCGACGUCGUCACCUGCUCCGUUGGCCCCAACAUCCUCAAGUUCAUUGCCCCACCCAUUGCCAAGGGUAUCGACAAGCGAUCGAAGGACCAGAAGCCCCUGGCUGUCAUUGCGUGCGAGAACAUGAUCGGUGCCACUGACGCCCUCGCCGGUUUCAUCAAGGACCCCAAGAACACCCCUGCCGACGGUCUUGCCGACCACCACGAGAGAGCCGCGUACGCCAACUCGGCAAUUGACCGUAUCGUCCCUGCCCAGCCCGAGAACGCCGGCUUGAAUGUCGUGCUCGAGAAGUUCUACGAGUGGGUUGUGGAGAGUACCCCUUUCAACGGCGAGCAACCUUCAAUUGAAGGCAUCAAGUGGGUAGAGAACCUGGAGCCCUUCAUCGAGCGCAAGCUCUUCACCGUCAACACUUCCCACGCGACCGCCGCCUACUUCGGAUACAACAGAGGAGAGAAGAACGUCGAUGAUGCCAUGCGCAACAAGGAGAUCAACGCCAAGGUUGCCGCUGCUAUUACCGAGACCGCCGCACUCAUUGUCAAGAAGCACAACAUCGAUGCCCAGGAGCAGGAUGAUUACAAGAAGAAGAUCGUUGGCAGAAUCAGCAAUCCUGAGCUGAAAGACGCCGUGGAACGUGUCGGACGUGCUCCCCUGCGAAAGCUAGGCCGCAAGGAACGCUUCAUCGGCCCUGCUGCCGAAUUGGCCGAGCUGGACAUGAAGUGCGACGCUCUGUUGGAGGGUGCCGAGAUGGCCUUCCGCUUCCAGAACGUCGAGGGUGACGACGAGAGCGCGGAGCUCGCCAAGAUCCUCCAGGAGAAGAGUGCCGAUGAUGUGGUCAGCCAGGUGUGUGGCCUGACUACCAAGGACAAGCUGUAUCCCAAGGUCAAGGCGAUUGUUGAGAAGGUGCAGGCAGACAGCAAAGCCUGA